GCUUUCUCCCAAAAAACAUUUACACCAGAACAGUGGGCCAAAGAACAAGAGAAAAACAACUAAAAUUCAACGUAUUUCAACUUGAAAAUUUACAAAAAGAUCGAACAAUAAUAAUCACACAUUUAAAACCAAAGCAAUCAUUUACUUAACUUCAGUAAUAUAAAAACAGUGCUUAAAGAGAGAACAACACAAAUCAUGACUAUUUCAUUUACUGUAUCAUCGCCGGGAAAGAUUAUUUUAAGUGGUGAACAUUCUGUGGUGUACGAUAAACCAGCACUAGCCGGAGUUAUUGGCCUGAGAACAAAUGUGACUUUUAAUGAGACUGAUAACGAUACCGUGAAAGCUGUUUUUGAUUUGUUUCCCGACAUAUCGCCCAGCUACCAAUUGGCCACUAUAAAUGAAUUGCUAAAAAAAAUUCAAACCAAAUUUAAUGUCGUUGACCUAUUGAAUGAUCUUGAAAAUGGUCACGAUGCAUUUUUGGCAUUGGUACAAGAGUUUGUGCUGAAAAAUACUCAAUUGGAUGGCAUAAGCGAUGAACAAAAGAGUGUGAUGCAUAAAAUAAUGACGGGAAUCGUGUACUUACUAGCUGCACUCGAAACCAAUUAUGCUGCAUUAAAUGGCAUCGAACCAGCUUUAAACAAAGGAAUUCAAAUCGAAUUUAAGUCCCAAAUCCCAAUUGGGGCUGGAUUGGGUAGCUCAGCAGCAUUUGGUGUUUGUGUGGCAGCAAUAUUUUACACUUAUACAUUGACACAUUCUCAACCGAAUUUUGUGAAGACAUUCAUCGAGACAGCGUCGGACGAAGAGCGAAUACUUUUCAAUAAUUCAGUGUCAUCGUGGGCAUUUUUAUCAGAACGAAUUAUGCAUGGUACACCAUCGGGCUUGGACAAUACAGUUUGUACAUUUGGCAAUGUGGUUGAAUUUACGAAAAAUCCAAAACGUUUUAUGAAUGUUGCACUCAAAUCACCCAUUAAUAUUAUGCUUGUUAACACUGGCGUCAGUCGUAAUACAUCGGAAAUUGUACGUAGGGUACAGGAAUUGAAAAGCAUUCACACCAAAUUGAUCGAUACUAUUAUGGACGCAAUGGCUGCAUUGGUUGAUGAUGUUGUUCAGAUUCUAGAGAAUGUUGAAGAUCGUCCAGAAGAGGAAAAUUACUUAAAGCUAAAGCGGCUAUUUUCAAUCAACAAUAAUUUAUUACGUGCACUUGGCGUCUCGCAUCCAGUUUUAGAAGAGAUUUUUGCAAUUAGCGAGCGCUUGGGAUUCAGUGUCAAAUUGACUGGGGCAGGUGCAGGAGGAUUUGCUAUUAUUCUACUGCCAUCAUCAUACGCUAAUUCAGAGGCAUUCCAUAAUUUAUGCAAGGAGCUUAGUCAUUUUGAAACCAAUGUUACCACAAUCGGAGGACUUGGUAUGCAGUUGUUCCAGUAACGAAUAAAACCCCAGUAGUAAAUUGAAAAUAAAUAAAAAAUUAUCUCAUUGGUGCCGGUUA